UAAAGGAAGUGGACCAGACAAGACGAGGAAGAUACUGUGCAAAAUCAAACGUAUUUUCUAGCGGUUUCACUACAGCAAAAUAACAAUUAUUUCUGGACUAUCGUCUUCUAGAAGAUCGUUAAAUGUGUAUGCUUAUAUUUAAUUCUUAUUAAAAUCAAUUGCAAUUAUAUGUCGCUGCUAGUUAUCGUAACAACUUUACUUGCUAUCAUUCCAGACGGCGUGACGGAUUUGUAAAGAAAAUAUAUAUAUAAAAGAAAAAAAGAACCUGCAGCUUUAGAAAUUAGCAAAUAUUACAUUGCUUCAUCUCGACAACGAAUCUGAAUAUAUAAUGUUCAUGGAAUAAUAACAGGUGCGUAAAAGGAGUAAUUGUCCUGUAUAAGAACUCUUUCCAAGGUAAUCGCUUGGAAAAUGUCAAUUGUUCUUAUCGAAAACUAUAGUUGCAUAAUCCAGAGGCACCGACCUUUUUUGUGACAAGUUAUGUGUAUUAGUAGAGAUCUCGUUAAAAGGCACCUAUUUUAAGCUGUUCUCUUCUCCUGUUGUUUUCCUCUCGUAUGUCGUUCAGUUGUCAUGGAAACUUAGAAAAUUUAGCGUGUAAUGUUUCAUUCGUUUGCUACCACUCUCGCAGCACAUGCAAAUGUCUUACUGCGACUAGCGGAUAGAUCUUCAAAUCUAUUCUAUACUGCUUUUAACAUCAGACUCUUUUUUUUCCCUUAGAAAACCAAGCCAUGGCCCAGAACACCUUUAGGUUCCAGGCCGUAAAAUCAUACACACCGAAUGACAUAGAUUCUAGAUCCGGUUUCAUUAUAAUUAAAAGUGGGGAUGUUGUCGAAGUUUACGAUAGCAGUAGAGAAGGACAUUAUUAUGGCCAUAAUUUAACUGAAGGCCAGAAAGGUUUUAUUAAAGCUGAACUUGUUGAAAAUAACACUAUGGUUAUGGAAGAACGAAAUAUUUCAUCGCCAUUGACAAGAACCUCUACUAUUCCUCAGACAAGAAAGACUUUGCCAGGCAAAGAAUAUGUUAGAAAAUAUAACGAUCCGCUGAAUCGACCUGUCUCGGUAAGAUCCUCCGAUCAUUAUUCAAACAGACACAUUCCACAUUCCAAAAUGAAGGAUUACGCUAGCGUAGACUCUAUAGAGGAGCAAUAUUAUGUUGCUAUUCCACCAAAGAGAACCGAAAGCUAUUCACCAUUCUACGUUAUCACACCAGUGUUUUGCGAUCAUUGCAGAGAUUAUAUAUGGGGUAUUAACAUUAAAGGUUUCAAAUGCAAUCAUUGUGGAACUUUCUAUCAUCCAGAGUGUCUUGAGUAUAUUAUGGGCAAAUUAAGACACAAGUGCAUUCAGCAGAAAUGCUUUGAUGCGACAUAUGACAGCCCGCAGCCAAUUGAGGUCUGGUCUACAGAUCAUGUUCUGCAAUGGAUGGCUGUUUGUAACCUCUAUAGAUAUCAAGAAUAUUUCAAAUCACACAAAAUCAGCGGAGCUAAUCUUUCCCAAAUUGAUAAGGAUAAAUUAGAAAAAAUGAGAAUUUACGAUCAAUUUAUAAGAAACAGUAUUCUACUCGCUAUUGAUAAACUAUGCUCAAGGAAUUGUUCUAUAGAGGAAGGAUCGUUACCCCCACCCUUUGAGAAAAUGCCGCCUGAAAGGAGAUUAAACAGCAGACAUACUUUCUACGAGCAAAACUUUUCCGAAUUACAACGUUGCCAUAUCUGUUCUGAAUUUUUGUUGGGUAUUUUUAAGCAAGGAUAUUUAUGCAGAGAAUGCGGGCUAUGUUGCCAUAGAACCUGCGCUGCGAAUGGUGUUCCAGAAUGUUGCGAAGAGAAUCGACUUUUACCGCGAUCAGAGCCGUUUAUUCCAAAUAAUCAAACAUUUGGCUUCCCUUUGGAAGAAGCCAUAGAACUCGGCGAAGAAACACCACAAAUCAUUCAAGUUUGUACAAAAGAAUUGGAAAAUCGGAAUCCUAAUCCAAUUAGUAUGUGUGAGAGUUAUAGAAAUAAUAAAAGUGAGAGAGAGAAAAGACAAAUAAAGGAUCUUCGUCGAAUCUUUGACUUAGAACCGAAUGCUAAAUUAGUGAAUUUAAAAGAUUAUACUACAUUGACAAUUGCAUUUAUUAUAAAAUCAUAUUUGAGGGAAUUACCAGAUCCCGUUCUUCCGGUAUCUUUCUACGAACAAUUCGUAACCGCAGCCAAAAUGACUGAUAAAAGAGAGAUGUUAGAAGAAAUUACAGGAAUUUUUGAGAUGAUGCCGCCAAAACAUAAAUCAACUCUGACUCAUAUUAUGAGGCAUAUUGUGAAAAUAUGCAUUGAAAUUGAUCAAACGAAUAAGACCGCUGGCUGUGAAAGAAUAACUCAAGUCUUUUGUCAUGUUCUCCUAAGACCGCCAUGGGAGAAAAUAUUAUCUAUAGUAAAAAAUAUGAAUUAUCACGGUGAGAUAAUAAGUGCUCUUUUACGAAUCGGAGAUUGGGCUUUAGACUUGCCUCCAAGAUUUCAAUGGAGAAAAUCCCAUAAAACGUAUGUCCACUUAAGUUCCUCUAUAAUGGAACUCUCGAGUACUUCACCACUGUCGGAUGAACUAUGGUAUUGGGGAAAUAUCUCAAGAGGCGAGGCAGCUAAAAUGUUGGAAAACUAUCCAGAUGGAGCUUUUCUUGUGAGAGAUGCUGCAAGUCGGGUUGGAGAUUAUACUUUAACGGUAAAAUGUGACGAAACUGUGAGAUUGAUUCGUAUAGUUCAGGAAAAUGGAAAAUUUGGAUUCUCCCCUCCUUACGAAUUUAAUUCUGUUAAACAGCUUAUUGACAAUUAUAAAACAACAUCUAUGGCUAGGCAUAACCAUAAGUUAGAUGUCUUUCUGAAGUAUCCUGUUGAAAAGGAAGAGCAAAACUUGAUGCAAGAAGAAGAAAAAGAUAUUUUAUAUAAAUUGCUUGUAAAGCACAACGAAUUUCUAGAUUUAAAUGAUCAUACAGACCGCAUUAAUAAUGAAAUACAUGACCUUGAAAAUGAAAUUGACAGAAAACAGCAAGCUAUAUCAGCAUUUGAUCAAUCAAUUUCCAUGUUCCAAAACCAAUUCUCAAGUCUAUUGAAGAGUUACGAAGCGCAAACAGAGACCAAAAGUGAAAAAGAUGAAUUUAAUUAUCAGGAAAGUUUUUUGAAACUUCGAGAAAGAAUUGAAUCAUACGAAAAAAUGAAGGAUAAAUUGAAAAUAGAAGCGGAAGAGUCAUAUAAAAAUAAAAUGAGAAAAGAAGAUAGAAUUAAUGAACUGAGAUCAGCCAUAAACCAUAUAGCAUGCAAGCGACAUACUGUUGAGUCUUACUUAAGAAAUACUUUAGACUAUUCUCAAGGAGAAAUCGAUAGCAUAAUCUUUCAAUUUCGUGAGUAUAAAAUGAAGUAUCCAAGCUGGUCAGUUGAAAAAUCAAUAGUGCAAACGCUUCGAAAAUUCGACCGAAACCGUGAGAUGAAGGAACCAAAUACUAUAUAUGGCGCGUGUGAAGAUAAUACCGAUUGGGAAACAAAGUACUGGUAUGCAGGCAAAAUUUCAAGGCCUCAAGCAGAAGAAAUACUCAGUGAUAAAAGACCUGGAACUUUUUUAAUUAGAGAUAGAGAUACAAAUCAUGCCUUGACAGUUGUCUACUCAUCGGAAACUGAGCCAAGGAAGUUUGGACAUUGUCUUAUCGAAGAACAUCCUGAUGGAAUUGGUUUUGCGUAUCCGUUUAAUUUUGCUGAUCUAUCUGGCCUGGUCGAAUAUUAUCGUCAUCAUUCUCUUAAAAGAAAUAACCCUAGUUUAGAUGUUAAGCUCGAUUAUCCUGCCUUUCUAGGUCGUUGA